AGACAGGUCAACCCUUAAAUUCGAUUCGAAGAUUCAAACUUGGCGACUCCGGAGAUUCUCUCUGUACUGGACUCUCCCCAUGGCGCUUCCAUCUCUUCUCCAGCUCUUCCUCGGCUGCCUCGCCGUUUCCAGCUUCGCGGCGGCGCACCAAGACUCCGGCGACUGGCACUGCGACUCCGACGGAGAGGCCCGAAUCUCCGCCGAUUUCCUGCCGGGAAUCGUCACUCUCGACGGCCACGCCGACGAUUGGGCCGCCGUCGACGGAUUCGAGUUCCCGCUGCGCCCUGCUCUCGAUCCCGACGAAGAUAAGGAGUACCCAGCUGGAAAAAUGACCGUUAAGGCUUUGCACGAUGGAGUGGAUGUGUUCUUCAUGUUGCAAAUUGAUGGAUCUUAUAAAUACUCCAAAGGAGAUGACCACAAAUGCCCAUCGGUAGCUUUGAUGUUUCAAGUCGGUGAAAGCGCGACGUAUCACAAUAUGGGAGGAUGUAAGGAAUCUCCGAAUACAUGCAACAGCACAAGCUGCCGUGGCUAUGAAGUCGAUAUCAUGCACUUCUCCAUCGGGAAUUCUAUUCCGGGAAGAUUAUACAGUUCGAAUUCGGUUAAUGGAGAGGGUAAACAAGAUGGAUCGGGUCUUGUCGAUAUGCAUUCGUGGAAUCCACACUGUAGGAACAUUGACGGAAAUGACUCGGCUACUUUCGAUGACUGGAAAGGUUCUUGGUGGCACAGCAGUUUUUCUGUACACUCGGGGUUCAUUGAGGAUGAUAGUCCUUAUGGAUCUUCGGAUCAGAAAGGCACCUAUUACUUCGAAUUCUCCCGGCGUCUGAGAACUACGGAUCGUCUCCAACAGGAUGCGCAGUUCAGUAUUGGCCAAACGAGCAAGUUUUCGGUUGCGUUCUGGUAUCCGACGGAUGGAAAUCCGUGGCACGGUUCGGCGCAUUAUACCGUGAGCUGCGACUGGGUGCCGUUGGAGAUUGCUCCGGGUUUCUCCAGGCGGGUAAAAAUGGCGUCGGGAAAUGGCGCAUGGGAUGCUGCCAGUGGCUUCGCUUUGCUCUUAUCCGUCGUCGCCUUCUGCGUAUCGAUCUAUGUUGGGUACUUGGUUUCGAAAUCCAAACCUGUGCCUUUUAGCCGCAUUGUCGAUCCUCUCUGAUUUAGUUUCGCCGGGUUGGUCCUCGAAUCGUUAUCGUUCACACGCCAAUGAAUUUCUUCGGCUCGCCGGGGCAUGUUUCGAUCUUUUUUGUUGGAAGGAAAUGGCUGAUUGGUGUUUCU